AGCUGGGAGCACCCCCUGACCUCGGCCGUUGUCGUGCAGGUGUUAAGCCCCACUUACAAGCAGAGAAAUGAAGACUUCAGAAAGCUCUUUAAGCAGCUUCCAGACUCGGAGCGCCUCAUUGUGGACUACUCCUGUGCACUCCAAAGAGACAUUCUCCUUCAGGGCCGACUCUACCUCUCGGAAAACUGGAUCUGCUUCUACAGCAACAUCUUCCGCUGGGAAACUCUGCUGACUGUCCGUUUAAAAGACAUCUGCUCCAUGACUAAAGAGAAGACAGCUCGCCUCAUCCCCAACGCCAUCCAAGUUUGCACUGACUCAGAAAAGCACUUCUUCACUUCGUUCGGGGCCCGGGACAGGACGUACAUGAUGAUGUUCCGGCUGUGGCAGAACGCGCUCCUCGAGAAGCCGCUGUGCCCCAAGGAGCUCUGGCACUUCGUCCACCAGUGCUACGGGAGCGAGCUGGGCCUGACCAGCGACGACGAGGACUACGUGCCCCCCAGUGACGACUUCAACACGAUGGG